AUGGAUGAUAACUCACUUGUGAUGCUGGUUUCCAGCAGUGAUAAUAGUCUUAUCCAUCGAAAUCAUGAUAAAGACACCAAUACUUCCCAGCUGAGUCAGAGUCAUCUAAGUCAGAAUAACCUAAUGAUUGAAGAUGACUUCAGCCAUAGAGAAAAUGAACCAGAUAAUGAAUCUAUCUAGAUAUCACAGUCCUCUCUAAAAUCAAAAAAAUAGAAGAAAAGUUCGAGUAAUAAAAAAGAAGAAGAAAAAGAUAAGAAAAUUCGAAGGAAAAAUAGCUGGAUAGUGGAUAUGGAGGAUAUUCUUGAUGACGAAAUUGAACUUCAAUCGACAUUUAAAGGAAGUAAAAAACUGAUAGAAUUUGUGCCAAUAGAAGAUGAUGAGAAAUUAUAACAAUACUAAAACCUUGUAAUGCCUGUGAUAGUCAAUCUAAGAUAGAAUACUAGUUAGCGGGAAUAACAGAAUAAAAAGCAGCGGCAAAUAGAUGAUGAAGAGGUGAAUCAUCAAAUAAGUUAAAUGAAUGCAGCUACAGAGAAUUAUGUUCCUGAGAGAGGGGUCUUUAAAAAAUCUCAAACAAAAACAGAAUCCUGCAUAAAUGAGACUCUAGGCGAUUUACAGAUGCAGUUGAUCAUGUCUAUCCUGCAAGAAACACUUGAUAUCUACAGAUUCAAAAGAAUAUACAAUGCAGAGCUGAUUAUGAGGCUACUCUCUCAAAAGUGCUUGAUAAAAUAUGCCAAAUUAAUUCCAUAGAAACUAAUAACUCCAAGAGAGAAUUUAAUGUAACAGUAGCCUUAAACAAGAAAAGAAGAUUAGUUUUUACUUGAUCCAUGUGAGUCACUUAGUAAACUGUUUCUUGAUCUCGGCUCCUACCCUAUUCAGUACUUCACUUACACCUAAACCAGAUCUAAUACAAUAAUGUACAUUCCUCCCAAGAGUAAUGAAAACCUGAUUGUCUUAGGCAGUGAGAAUCAAAUGCAUGAAUUCAGAUUUAAAUAUGAUAUUCAAUUGAUUUACCCAGAAAUAAUAAACUACCAAUUAUAAGAAGAUAUUGACAAGAUAAAUAGAUAUAUUAGGCCGAUAAAGCAGGAACUAUUUCGCACAGAAAAGACCUUGAUGCUCUAUAUUAUAAUUGGCCUUAUUGUUACUGGGUUUUUGGCAAUAUUAGUGGGCCUUCUAUAUUCUUACAUUAUUUCUAUUGUCUUUACCAUUAUUUUCAUCUGUGGACUGAUUUACAUGCAUCUAUGA